AUGAAGAAGCGUCGCAACUCAACCUCGGCCUGGAUUAAUCGACGCAAUUCCGUGACGCCCCCUUCGACGACCGUUCGGAAACGCUUCAAAAGUCUUCCGUUUGCUGCUUCUCUAGACGGCGAAGGCACCGAACCGGCCAUCACCGUGGACGAAUUCUUUCUGCAGGAAGCGAUCGAGCGGGCUCGGGAAGCUUCUAGCGGCGAUCGACGGAGGAACACCGAUGAAGAUGGCAAUCAAACGGGCUUUAUCGAGAACGACGAUAGCAGCCGAAGUUACAGUGAGACCAGCGAAGGGAUGCUGGCGGUCAACCCUCUAAGACUUCCACCACCCUGCAAGUGUCCCUACUUUGGCGAAGGCUGCAGCAAACAGCAGUACGAGGGUAUCCGGCAGGCUGAAAUCAAAAUCGUUAAGACUACAUCCAACUUUAGCUCAAUUUCAAAUUUCGAUACACAGGUCUAUAGCAAUAUUUCAAUUUCCUCGCAACCAACACAAUCCACCUCCAGUAGCCUUUCGACGCUUCCGGCCUCGGUUGGAUCGUCGAUCGUAUCUCCAAACAAGAAGUUCAAUAAUCUGAAGAGCGUAUCGGUGGUCACGUGGGAUUCCCGAAGGCAUCAACGGCGAGGUUCCAGCUUUGGAGGUGCACGAACAUCACUUCUCCUGACGCCUACAAAACCGAGUGCCUCCAGUGUAUCUCUUCGACGAUCGGCCACCCUAAGACACCACAAAGAUAUCAGUGGAUCAGCAGUAGCAGUCCCAGGGACGGAAGUUCGAACACCCAAGAAGAACAGCUCCUCGCCAUGUCUAAUCCAGCACCAAACCAACGUUCGGUCGCACCAUUCCCGAAACUCUAGCGUUAUUUCUCGAAACUCCUCGCGUCAUGGUCGAAUCAUUCGCCUCGAACAGAAAGCGACCAAAGUCCUGGGUGUAGUAUUCUUCACAUUCGUCAUCCUGUGGGCACCUUUUUUCGUGUUAAACCUGCUGCCAAGUCUCUGCGGGGAAUGUGAGGAGAGCAUCGACCAUUGGGUGUUCGACUUCGUGACCUGGCUUGGCUACGCUAGCAGCAUGGUUAAUCCCAUCUUCUAUACCAUCUUCAACAAGGCUUUUCGGGAGGCGUUCAAGAAGGUCCUGUUGUGUCAGUACGGAUCCAAACCUUCCUGGCAACCGACCAGCUAG